AAGAUGGCAGAUGAGACAAACACCAGGGAUUGCAUGUCUUUCAGUGUGCUGAACUGGGAUCAGGUCAGUCGGCUGAAUGAAGUUUUGACUGAGGUUGUACCAAUCCAUGGACGGGGCAACUUUCCUACCCUGAAGAUCACACUGAAGGAUAUUGUUCAGACUGUCCGAAACAGGCUGGAGGAGGCAGGAAUCAAGGUGCAGGAUGUUCGACUGAAUGGCUCUGCAGCCGGUCACGUCUUGGUCAAAGACAAUGGCUUGGGUUGUAAAGACCUGGACCUAAUUUUUCAUGUGGCUCUUCCAACAGAGGCAGAGUUUCAGCUUGUCCGAGAUGUUGUUCUGUGUUCUCUUCUGAACUUCUUGCCCGAGGGAGUCAACAAGCUAAAAAUCAGUCCAGUGACUCUUAAGGAGGCCUAUGUCCAGAAGCUGGUAAAGGUCUGCACAGACACUGACCGUUGGAGUUUGAUCUCCCUCUCCAACAAGAAUGGAAGGAAUGUGGAACUGAAGUUUGUAGAUUCCAUUCGCCGUCAGUUUGAGUUUAGCGUGGACUCCUUCCAAAUCAUUCUGGACUCUUUGCUUUUGUACUAUGACUGUUCAAGCAAUCCCAUGUCUGAACACUUCCACCCCACUGUGAUUGGGGAGAGUGUGUAUGGCGACUUCGAGGCAGCCUUUGACCACCUCCAGAACAGACUGAUUGCUACCAAGAACCCAGAAGAAAUCAGGGGCGGGGGACUCCUGAAGUAUAGUAACCUUCUGGUACGGGAUUUCAGACCCACAGACCAAGAAGAAAUCAAGACCCUAGAGCGUUACAUGUGUUCCAGGUUCUUCAUCGACUUUCCAGACAUUCUGGAGCAGCAGAGGAAAUUGGAGACCUACCUCCAGAACCACUUCGCUGAAGAGGAGAGAAGCAAGUACGACUACCUCAUGAUCCUUCGUCGGGUCGUGAACGAGAGCACUGUGUGCCUCAUGGGACAUGAACGGAGGCAGACACUCAACCUCAUCUCCCUCCUGGCCCUGCGUGUGCUGGCAGAGCAGAACAUCAUCCCGAAUGCCACCAAUGUUACAUGCUACUACCAGCCCGCUCCCUACGUCAGUGAUGGCAACUUCAACAACUACUAUGUCGCUAAUACUCCGAUGCCCUACAGCCAGCCGUAUCCCACCUGGCUGCCCUGUAAUUAA